AUGGACGACGAUACGAAGAAAUUACUCAAUCUGGAUCUAAAUGAGGCUUUACAGCCAAGUUCCUCAUCCACUUCAGCCGAUUGUGUUAUUUGCGAGGGUCCGGCGCACGGUGUGCACUUUGGUGUCCCCGCUUGUCGAGCUUGUGCCGCUUUCUUUAGACGCAGCUACGUCCUUGGAAAGGAAUACAAAUGUCGGAAACAAAGUGGUGAAUGCAAUAUUUCGAAAGAAACUCGUUACUUAUGUCGUGGUUGUCGAUUGGAGAAAUGUAUCAAGCUAGGAAUGACGCCAGACAAUGUUCAAUACGAUCGAGAGGCUUUCCCAGCCAAUCAAAAAGAGACAACUCCGGUAAAACAAAUCCAUCUAGAUAUCAUCAAAGCAACACUGAAAGAAAAGAGUAAACUCUCGCCGCAAGCACAAUUUGUUCGACCAUUUUAUUUGAAAGAGGCGCCAAGUGAAGAAAAACUGAUAGUGAAUAAGGAAAUCGAGAGGAUCACGAAGAAAAUACAGGAUAUAUUUACAUCGAAUGCUCCCUCGUUAAACAGUGCCUUCCAUUUGACAGCCCUUCAAAGGAUGACUCUUGCCACACAAGAGCUACGAAAUGGACUCAAUCCAAAUCCAAAGCUGCUCGAUGAAAUCAAUUUACCGGAACAACUUGAAAACGCGUGGGAAACCCUGUUGGAGGAUAUGGCGAAAUGGAUGCAACACUGUCAGGAAUUUAAUCAGUUAGCGCUAGAGCAAAAGUUGUUAAUCUUCAAAUCCGCAUGGUGCUCGUUGAUGCGAUUCGACAAAGUGGCCAAUUCGGUGAUGACUUUUGGUGAGGAAGCGAUCACAAAAAGAAAAUGCUACGUAAUGAAGGACUACGUUGUGACAAGGGACACAAAAUUCGAUGCCUCGAAGGUUUGCCCAGUUGAUCCAGAACAAGUCUAUCGAAUGGUUGGUCCAAUCAUGGAUCUUUUGUUUGAAGAGGUUGCCAAACCGAUCUUUUAUCAUCGAGUCUCGAAUUAUGAGAUUGUCUUUAUGAUGUGUUUGGCGAUGUGGAAUGUUGAGGGUUGGGGUGUUUCCGAAUCCACCCAACGAGUUGCCGAGUCUUUUCGCGAGCGAAUCUCCACUGAGCUUCAUGAUUAUUAUGUUCAUUCAAUGGGUCUCACCAAUUAUGCGUAUCGAUUGAUCACUCUCAUUAAUAUUGUUCAGGCUAAUGAGAGAGUUCAACAAUCUCGUGGUGAUUUGUUGGAAUUGAUUCGUCUCUUUGAUCUUCUUCAUAUCGAUUUUCCAACUGGUGAUCUCUUCGAUUGGAAAAGAAUG